AGCACCACGCUAACGCUGAGUACAAAAAGCGAGAUUUUAACAACGUGUUGUACAAAAUACGAAAGCGCGAUCGCUCGAGGGUUAAUUGCACGAUAUUUACUACCGAUCGAAUCAAUUAGCUGGGGCGGGCAUACCAUGCAAACCUGUAAUUAUUCAUCCAUAACCAUAAAUACCUACAUAGAAACUUACCUACCUAUAUCACGUCCCUUGAAUCGGAUCGGGUGCGACAUCCUAGGGUGCACCGGGCACCCUUUCAUGUAUGUAUUUAUAUCAGUUUCCAAUGGUUACUUUUCGCGCGUUGUUAUGGUUUAUGUUUAGUGUUUACUAUGCAGUCAAAUAUUAUUUAUCCUACGUGCGGUUACGUUUCGGUCAAUUUUAUUAGUUCCGUUGAAUCUUGAACCUUUAUUGCAUAAAUGUCCCGAGAAUCCGUAUCGCAAAAAGUAGCCGACGCGCUUCGGCGAAGGCUGCGAUCUCAACGUGCACUAGCCCGCGAGAUGCGUCUUCCGCCAUCAACGCCAACCAACCCACCGGAGCCGUCCGACACGCCGGAAAAUUACGUCCCAAUCGCGAGUGAUACCAUUGCCGGGGUGAAGGCCAAGCUGGGGCUAAUCGACACCUGCUUUCCGGAAAAUGCUACCCCCGCGUUCGAAGAAAUUGUAUGUUUCCCCGAAUCCUACAAACGGAUUGGCACCAAGGAGAAACUAGUGCUGUUGUUUGCGGAAAACUUUCGUCGGCAGUACAAGGAACGGUUUCCGCACCGUAAGCCACCUAUCCUUGCGCUGCCAAACGAAUGCAACGUGCAAAAGUUUGUGUGCACCACGUUGAAACCCUCGAUUUUCCUGUUUCCCGAUAUGAUCGGAUCGUGGGAGGACAUCGCGUCGUUUGUGGCGGAUUACAUCGUGUACGAGCCGCUUCCCGAUCAAGUCAAUAUGCCAACCCGUCUCCUCUCGCCGAGCACCGUCCUCAAGCGGCGCAAAGCGAACAGCUUCGAGCUGGCCACCCUUCUGUGCAGCUAUUUGAUAGGAAAUGGAUUUGCGGCGUGCGUGGUGUCCGGUUACGCUACGCGGGAGAUCGUCAACAACGACCAGCGCCGGGUUUGCUGUCCCUAUGUGCCGAGCCAGGAGCAGGAGGGCACCGAGAAAGAGGUGAUUGAACCAAGCAAAUAUCAGUUGCGAGAUCCGCCCGAUUUGCGCAGCCGCUAUCUGCUUGAGCUUGAAGAAGAAAAACUGACAAAAAUCAAGGAGGAGGAACGAAAGCGCGAAGAAGCUCACCUGAGGGAAGUCGAAGAUUUGGAACGACCUACGGAGGACAACAAACGGGGUCAUCGGGUUCACGCUUGGGUUGCCGUGAUCAUGAAUGCCCCCUGGUGCUACAAACCGGGCUAUCGUGAGACCAUGAUCGAUUCCAACACCGGCGAAAGAGUACUGCUUCCCCCAAGUGCAUUUUUUAUCGAACCGGCAUCCGGGUUUCGCUUCGAGGUCGACUCCCCAAACUAUCUGGGAAUUGAAAGUGUUUGGAAUCAACAUAAUUAUUACGUCAACAAGCAAGAUCCUAUCACCGACAUAAAAAAUAUGCACUGGGACUUCAAGAACACCAAAGAAUGGGAACACUUUCUCCCGGGAGAACCGUUUGAGCUGCGUGAUGACUGCCUAGUUCCCGAAGACCAGGAACCGUUGACCACCGAGGAAGAGCUGGAGAAGGAGAAACAUCUGGACUUACCAGCGUCCUGGGUUGGCCCACUCUCGAUUUCUAUGGCCGAAUUCGAGCAACGCUAUCCAGAGGGCCGAAAAGUUAUCUAUUUCAAGCGCUCGAUCUAUGAACGUUUUGCACCAUACUCGAAUUUGCUGGGAUUAAUAAAGCGACUUACACUAUUUGAGACAUUGCACUAUGAAAAUCCCACCACACGUUGGGAGUGGUAUGUUAAUCGAGAUGACUCGCUGACGAUGAUCGUUUACGAUUAUGCAAAGAAGGAAAUCGAAGAGAUGUUUGCCAAGGGGCGCUCGGACUCUUUGAAAGCAUUGAAACGUAGCUCGGAGCCCAAUCGCGAAUGUCGGUUGACGUUUUUUCAUCAGUAUCGAUUUGAUUCGUUGAAGGAAUUAGUUUACCAUCCUACAUACGUACAGGAACAUUACGAUCGGAGAGAGGAUUUGCUUUAUUAUCGGGAAUUUAAAAAUAUACCCAGAGAUCCAAUCACAAUGGAAGACUGCAAACUAACGCAAAUGACGGAAAGAUAUCACCGGAACCCAGAGAAGGAAGCCGUUCGGGAUAUCGCCACCAGGACGUGCUAUGUGGAUGAAAAUCGUAUUUUGCUGCAGUUCCACUACGGUGACGAUUGCAUUACGGCUUCCACGCGUGAAUUCAUCAAACCGCCCAAAUCGGAAAUGGGCGAAGAGGUGCCCUACGACCCCAAGUGUACUUCGGGAUAUAUUUCCAAUCCAUGGGAUCCCCAACCAACCCAUCUCGAGCUAUUCCUUCUACUGAAAGACCAAAUGAAAGCUGAAGAAGCAUCAAGCCGUGCCUUUUACCGACGUGUGGUAGAAAUCGAAACUCUACUGAGAGAGCGGAAGAAACAAAUUGACUCUCCUAAGCUAACAUUCAGCUUAUUUGAUCCGCUGCGUAACGCAGAAGCUCGCCGUUUGCGGUUGGAGAAAUACGAGCAAGCCCGUGCCCGUGAGGAGCUCAUCAAGCAACAGCAAGCGGACUUUUUGGCUCCGUAUCUGCUAAGGAUGGACGAGAGUAACUCCAACCAUGAAAAACUGAUGGCUGCCUAUCAGAGCUGUAAGGAAGAUCUACGCAAGUUCUACAGUGGACUGGAGGAUGAGAUGAAGGUUCGACUUGAUGAGCUGCUAUCCGAGGAGAACUCAUUGCGGCGCUUUUUGUGCAAGUUUCAGGGACACUUCGAGGACGAAGAGUACGACAAGUUCAUCAUGGAAGGUGAGAAUAUUGAGCUGAAUAAGAACGUGGUGCAGAUGCGAAUCGAGAACCUUCGCGAUGAGUAUCAGCAGAAGGCCCAACAUUUGGAAAAGGCCAUUUACGAGGAUGAAAGGCUGAGUGGUUCUUCGCCAUAGAUCAAACUUGAGCAAAUAUUUGAUCAUGUGUUUGUGUUGCUUUUGCAAUUUCGAGUGUUAGUCAUAGAUAUUCGGCCUUGGUCGCCGGGAGCGUAUAAAAUACGCAUUCAAUUUGAUGAACAUUUCAAACUCAA